AUGAUCAUGAAGUGCAAGUCAAAUACAGCAAAGCUUGGAGAUCUAGAGAAAAAACUAUUGAAAAAGUUAGAGGAAAAGCAGUUGAAUCUUAUGCAGAAUUGCCUAGUUAUCUCAUUGAAUGCUUCAAUGAAAGGCUGGCCCCAUUGCAUACCUGUCGUAAUAGUUGAUGAGACUUUCUUAAAAUCAACAUAUGGAGGGACAUUAUUGGUUGCAGCAACUCAAGAUGCUAAAGGUAAAAUCUUCCCCCUGGCAUUCUGUGUAGUUGAUUCAGAGAAUGAUGAUUCUUGGGAGUGGUUCUUUGACAAGUUUAGGAAAGCUUAUGGUGUAAGGGAAGACAUGAGCAUCGUUUUUGACCGACAUGAAAGUAUUAUAAAAGCAAUCAACACAGUAUACCCAGAAGUACCACAUGGGGCUUGCACCUUCCAUCUACUCAAAAACAUGAAAAGCAAUUUCAAGAAGAGUUCAAAAAAGUUCAAGGAUACAUUUUUUGCAGCUGCGAAUGCAUACACUGUGAAAAAGUUUGAGUACAAGAUGAGAGAACUUGAUAAGAUUGACAAAAGGCUGGGACCUUACCUACAACAAAUUGGGUAUCACAAAUGGGCAAGGAUUCAGUCUCCAACCAAUAGAUACUCAAACAUGACAUCAAACACUGCAGAAUCUUUGAAUUCUGCAAUUGUAGCAGUAAGAGAGCUACCAAUUUGUACGAUGUUAGAGUGUUUACGAGCUUUGGUGCAACGAUGGAGUUGGACUAAUAGGAACAUAGCAAAUGCAACCUCCACAAAGUUGACAGACAAGCAUGAAGUGAUCCUGAAUGACAACUACAUUUACUCAUUGAAGUUAACGGUGCACCCAACAAAUCAUAUUGUGUAUGAAGUUCAUGAUGAUGGCAAGAAAUCAAUAGUUGAUCUCAAUUCAAGAACAUGCACAUGCAACAGGUUUCAAAUGGAUCAACUUCCUUGUGCCCAUGCAAUUGCUGUUUUUAAAGAAAUGAAUCAAGAUCCUUAUCAAUAUUGUUCGCCAUAUUACACCAAGGAAGCCAUGGUUGCAACUUACAAAGAAAGUAUAUACCCACUUGGCAAUGAAGACACUUGGCUAAUACCUGAACAUAUCAAAGCUGUGAAAAUACACCCUCCAGAAGGAAAAAUAAGAGUUGGUAGACCAAACAAAAGAAGAUGUCAAGCUGCAUGGGAGAAAAACAAAAAACGAAAAAAACAAAACAAAUGUGGGAAUUGCAGUCAAAGUGGACAUAACAGAAAGACUUGCAGAGACCCUCGAAAAAAAGAUUAG